CCUUCAUUAUGGUUUAACCUCACUGUGUUAAACAGAUCAUUUCCUGUCACUUUCUCAGUGAAAUUGCUGCAGGUAAUUACUAGUUCCUGAAUUGACUUUGUUUGUUGUUCCUCCCAGAGCCAGCCGGAGAUCGAGUACACUCUGCCGGAGAUGCAGGCUCCCCGCUCCAAUGUGGCAGACAAGCCCUGGCCACAGAUCCACUCCCACACACAGAGACCCCAUGGUGAGACCCCAUGGUGGCAUGCAGCUCUGUCACACACUGAGACCCAUAAUGUACAAAACAUCAUAAGACCUGUAGGACAGGGUUCCCCAACUGGCGGCCUGCGGGCCGAAUUUGGCCCGCGGGUGAAUUUAUUUGUUUUAUUUGCAAAAACAAAACACUUCAUUGUUGGACAUAAAAGACUGUCAAAACACCAGGAAAUCAGCUCCAAGUGAUUUUAAUUUUGGAGAUCUGUUCUCAAGUAUUCCCACACAUAAUAGAUAGACAUAUGUGAUCAUAUCCCAAUGUAAUCAAGGUUUGAAAUGAAUACGUUUUUGUCAAAUACUAUAUCCGUUUGUGCUUCUUGUGGUCAAUUUGCGGUGUUCAAAUUAUCUGUAAAUAGUAUACAAUGCAUUAAAGGAGGAUUACAUUGAAUUGAUUAUGCUUUAUUGAUCUCCAGAGGGGUGAAAUUAGAUUACACUUCCUCUCAAGUUCAAUUGCUCAUUAGUGUUCACCUCUGUGUAGGUGUGAAAGGACAUGGGGAGAAGGGAGCAGCCAAGGCAGGAGGCAAGGGCAAGCACCCAGCAGUCCAGCAACAUACGGAAGACCCAACCGCUGAGCAUGACUUCCUGGGAUGCAUGUCAAGGUGAAGAGAUAUUGUACAAGAACAGUCAUCUGCCCAAAUCAACCCAUUUGGGCCCUCUGAGUUGUAUUACCUGUAUCAUCACCUAACCCUCCCCUUUCUCUCAGGCGCUCUGGGCUGCCUCGUUGGAUCCUGGCUGCCUGUCUCUUCCUGUCCAUCAUGGUGAUGUUGUGGCUGAGCUGUGCCAGCCUUGUCACUGCACCAGAACAGCACAUCAAAACACAGGUAAACACAGCACCAGAACAGCAACAGGAAUGUGAGUCAUAAUUGGCAAUCUCUGUCUUUUAGAUUAAAAACAGCUAACUGUCAAUGUUACAGUACUUCAUUCUCACUUUGUUAGAUUAAAGUGAUGCUCCAGAGCUUUUGUAGUUUUGAAAGUAGUGCUCAUGAGCCAAAACGGGUCCCCGAAAAUUCUGCACAAUUGAUUCAUAUUCAGAUUGAGUGUUUAAUAGUCACAUGUACAGGGUUGCAGGUGUGAUUGCAGGGUACAGUGAAAAUCUUGGGCUCCGAGCUCCAACAUGCAGGACUAAGUCAAAUAAAAUAAUGAAACUAAAGAAAUAGCACUACAUACAUCAUAACUGUAGCAGUGAUGAAUAAAUAAAUGUCCAUUGGGGUGGAGGCAGAGUAAAGACUGUUGAGGGGGUGUGGGGGUUAAACAUAGGGGGAGCAGCAUGACCAUUGAGGGGGUUUGGGGACCAAGUGAAAUGAAAACUAUACAAAUUAUUAUACAAAAUAAUAUACAUAUUAACAACUGUAACAGUGAUGAAUGUCAUUGGGGUGGGGGCAGAAUAAAAGUCAGUUGGGGGGUGCAGGGAAAAUGUCCCUAGGGGGAGCAGCAGGUAAGGUAAGUGACUGUUGAGUGGGUUUGGGGGGGAAAUGUCCAUAGGGGGAAUGGGGGGGGGGGUCCAUAAGUGGAGUAGCAGGGGGAGGGGGGAGUAGGUAGCUGACUAGUGGUGGCUAUUCUGCAGCCUGAUGGUCUGAGGGUUUUGCCAUGAUGCUCCUUUCCUGCCCGCGUCUGAGUGAUUGAAGCGUGGAGAACAGGGCAUGGCUUGGAUGGCUGGGGUCCCUGAUGAUCUUCUUGGCCUUCCUGCGACACCUGGUGUUGUAUGUGUCCCGUAGGGCAGGCAGUGUGCACCCAAUGCUGCGUUCGACUGCACAUAUCACCCUCUGAAGCGCCUUGCGUCCGCAGCGAUGGAGUUGCCAUACCAGGCUGUGAUGCAGCCCGACAGUAUGCUAUCAAUGGUGCUCCUGUAGAACACUGUGAUAUAACACUGUGAGGGCCCUCAGGGACAGGACUAAUUUCUUUAGCAUCCUGAGGUUGUAGAGUCGCUAUCGUGCCUUCGUCACCACGGUGUCCAUGUGGUUAGACCAUUUCAGCUUCUCUGUGAUGUGUACACCGAGGAAUUUGAAGUUAUUGACCGUCUCCACGGUCGGCCCCGUUGAUGAGGAUGGAGGCAGGCCAGCCUGUACUACAUCAUCCAUUUCGUAUGAUAUGUUAUGUCUUGCAAAAAAAAGAGCAAUUUGUAUGAUAUGUUAGUGCUUAAGGUCCCGGACCUCAUCUUUAAUUGUUAACUCACUCAAGUGUUAUCUUAGUUAACAUGUGUUUGCAUGAGAGGGAAUUACUCCUAGAGACAAUGGGAACAUUUCUAUCGAUUUGAAUGAAUAACGGAUUCCUUUUUGCAGCUGAGCAUCAACGGAGACAAGGAGUUUCUGGAUGACGUCCAGAAGGUCAACCCCUACCAUCUGACCCCUGUGAUUGCUGUAGCCAUCGACCAACCAGAGGAGAGCGAGGAGGCGGGACCACUGCCAGUGAAGGUUGACAUCAACAAGACAUCUCUCUAG